AUGGAAGAAGGUGACAACUCGGCCCCUGAAGAGUGGUACACUUACCAGCUAGGAGAUAGGAGUUUCAACAAGCUAGGAGAUGCCGCAAGUCACCCAGAAGCAGUCAAGAUAGCUACCCAUCUCCGCGUUGAAGCUUCCAGAGUUGCAUGCAAUUCCUUUUUUCGAUUCCACGCACUUUUCGCAGUGGAUUUGUUGCCCGGGCUUCAAGAGAUUGGAGACAGGGCCUUUCAAUACUGUUCAAAUUUGCAGUUUAUUUCCAUAUCAUCCUCGGUACGAGUGAUCGGAGAGCGGGCCUUCCAAGCGUGCUCAUCGUUGAGGACUGUUACCAUACCCAAGUCGACCUCCAUUAUUCGCUCUGCUGCCUUUGGCGAUUGCUCGGCACUGACAACCGUCAACCUGCCCAAGGAUGGCACUUUGGAGGUACUGGCGGACUUUUUGUUUUCGAAUUGUUCGGCUUUGAAGGUAAUACAUGUACCUUCCUCCGUCAAGCACAUUCGCAAAUGCGUCUUUUCGAAUUGCGAGGAGUUGGAAACGAUCGAGCUUCCUGUAGGUAUUCUGUCAAUCGGAAAGCGCUGUUUCUUUGAUGCAUGUAGUUUGGUGAAUAUCAUCAUCCCAUCGACUGUCGAUUGCAUUGAGGAUGAAUUGUUUGUGUAUGCGCAUGAAAUCCGAGCGGCGUUCCCACAUAUUUCAAAUGAUGACGAUGCUGGGAGACUCGCAGAAGACGAAGAUUAUGAAGAAGAUUAUGACGAAACCAAUACUGAUUUUGUGAAUGCCAUGAUGACGAGAUUUGACGAUCUUCCACUUCACACGAUGUGUUACUACCACACCUACUAUCCUAUCGAAAAGACAAUCAAUGAUAUACGCAAUGAAGUUCAAGACUGCGAUCGAGUCGACGUGUUCAAGUUCACGCCUGUGCAUGUUCUGGCGCUAUCCUCGGAACCGAAUGUGCAACUUUUCAAAGAGCUUGCAAGAUGUUCCGCUCCAAGCAUGUUCACGGCCAUGGACAAAUGGGGUAUGAGGCCCAUUGAAUAUUUGUUCAAAAGUAGAAUGCCCGGAGCAAAAGCAUCGGCCGACUUUUUGAUUCAAUACACUGUUGUGGAUCGAUCGCAAUGGCUCGGUCUUGACCGAUGGAGGACCGAUAUUGCGAAUCUAGUCGAUUUGCUGGACCUCAGUGACCAUAGUACUCAAGACGGACCAACCCUACGUUUGUACGGCUUGUUGGAAAAGUUGGAGCUAGUCGAAUCCACUUCGUUGGUGGAGACUGCCUUGUGGAAACUUCACAUUGAUAGAACGAAGAGUUCAUCUACCCCAAAUAAUGUUGAUCGAUCGGCUUGCAGGAUUAAUUGCGGAGCAGAGAUAAUCAUCAGAAAUGUUUUGCAGUUUCUCUUGGAUGAUGGCUGA